UCAGCUGCGUCCCCCGAGGCCUGACCAGCUGUGCCCUGGUGCCGGCUGGGCCAUGUUUAACGACCUGGGCGUGUACGGCGUGCCGGGACCGGUGCGACGCAAGCAACGAUACGAUGCGGUUCGCCAGAUGCGCGCCAUGGAGAAGUUUUGCCGGGAUGUUGGCGGCUACCCUUUCCUUUACGCCGACAUCUUCAUGUCGCGGAAGGAGUUCGAGGAGAUGUUUGACCUGACCGCUUACGAGCGCGUUAGGGACAAAUAUCACGCCAACGGUGCCUUCCCUCACCUGUACGACAAGGUGAAGCCCGAGAUUGACGUGGUGGCAGUCGGGGAGGAGUACAUAGACCCGCUGUAGAGUCUCGCCCCCCGAACUCCGCUGCGCCGUCUGCAGUAUGCCGUUCACCAUCGUGCCACGACACCUGCCGUUGAAUCACGUCUAAGAGUGACAUGUGCCGCGUUUACCAAGCUGUCUGAUGGCGACCGACCUGUUACAUCUGAAGCACGCGUGCUGGUGCAGUAUGUGCUGGCACUGAUGCGUGCCACCCAGUGGCACGUGUUUGGGGACGGCAUGUGCUGACGCGUCAUUCGAGAGUGUGCAUCAAGUUGGCUGGUAGCAUCAAGCCUUUUGUGACGGGUACCACUCCUGCAGCUUUCGUCAAUAUAUGGACGGAUGGUCACCACG